GUCACACAGAACAACGGAAAUUAUCUGUACAUUCAACUGUCACCUAAGGUUCUUACGUUUUUGCUUGUUCUUGAGACCGUCACUUUUCAUUUCGUUAUGGACUUCGACUAUCAAAGAAUCAAAGAUACUGAAAAGCAACAGCGAGAUGACGUCCUGCGUACGCUGCCAGUUCCACGGAGGGCUGCAGUGCAAGGCAGAAAUGCAUCUCAGCCCCCUCCCCCUACUCAGAUCCCCCCCAUCAAACCAAGGAGAAGUAUAAAGUGCCGAGUCAAGAUGCAAGACAUGAGCGACUCACAGAACUUAUCGCUCAUGAAUAUGUCGCUGAGCGGAGCACUGGAGCCUCUUUCCACCUCGCUGCGUGCCCGCACGCUGCUGUGGUUUGAGACGUCGCAGCUGCCCCGGCUGCGCAGACCCGGCCGGCCCCUGCCCAGCUGGCUGCACGGUUUCCUCACACGCAAGGAGGCGGAGGAGUUCCUGCAGGACAGAGUGCAGGGCUGCUUCCUUUUGAGGCUCAGCGAAUCCAUGAUUGGCUUCGUGCUCUCCUAUAGGGGCAAAGACCGAUGUCGGCACUUCAUCAUCCAAGAGGAGGGGGGUGGGGAUGGGGGUGGAGGGGGACGCUAUCUCAUUACCGGGGAAGACAGCCGGCAUGACAGCCUGCAGGAGCUGGUCUCCUAUUACACACAGAACUACGUGGGGCCCUUUGAAGAACUGCUCACUGUCCCCUUUGUCAAGGGUAACGAUGGCAGUAAUGUGGUGACAUCGGGUGACGUGAAGGGAUGGGGGGUGCGGAGCAACACUGCAACUGGAUAUGACGCGGAAGUCACCCCUUUAGCUCCGCCCGCUGUGCCCCCGACACCCAGAUCCACUGAGAACCCAGUCCCUCCCUCCAAUGGGACGGAUGACUACGCAGUGGUGAAGAAAGUUCUGAAGAAGUCCCAUUCUCUGCUUGAUGUCCAUCCUGCGACAAACACAAACGUGCUCAGCUCAGAGGUCUCAGACUGCAUUCCUGUCACCUCCCAGCAUUUGUUAACAGCUGCGGAAGGUGCCGGAGCCGAGGGCGGCAUGGUGGAUGCUCCAUACGCACGAGUAAACAAGGCCCCCCGGGCUGCUCGCAACACCCCUGCUUUCUACAUAAACAUCCCCCCUGUGGGCGAUGCAGCCCCCCUUCUACCUCCCCCACCCCCUCCCCCUUCCUCUUCCCUUUCCCACGAAUCAGCUGAGGAGCAAAAGUACUGGGAGAUGGUGCCCCUGCACACGUACGAGGAGACGCACCACCUGAGGCGCCCUGUGGAGUCAGACGACCGGAUUGACUUCUACGCUGUGGGAGGGAGACAAGUGGCUUUAGACAGUGCCGAAAUCCCCCAAAACCACUUGUACUCAGAAGUGAAUCUGAGGGGAAGAGAAGUUCAGGAUCAAGUGCAAAUCCCGGGCAGAACAGGCCCCAACCUGCCUUUGAGACCCCCUCCCAGAACCUCCAACUGCCCCUCUAGGUCUGGAGGAAACCUACAGCUGGAAGCCAACAUGACACGUGUCCUACCACCUCGCUCUCGGAUGCCCAUGCAUCCAGCCCCAGAGACACACCUGUCCAAUCCACAGAACUCUGUAUACGAGCAAAUCCCAGCGAGAAGCAACCCCCCAUGAAUCCUUCUCCUACAAAGAUGACUUUCAGUGGGGGGGGAUAUCCUGCCGUCCUUCUGUUUAAUCCUGCCAAGCUAGAGAUGCAGCUGCAAAGCAGAGAGAGGGAUCACAACGUAAAAAGGAUGGGAAAGUUCUUCAGGGUAAAGUCCUAACAUAAAGGGCUAUAGGUAUGCCAAAGGGCUAUAGGUAUGCCAAAGGGCUAUAGGUAUGCCAAAGCUCAGUGUGUCUUUCGGUAUUUAUGUACAGUACCAGUUCAACGUUUGGACGCGCCAAGUCACCUUUGAAAGAGAGUGAUAGAGUAUUGCAUUGCAUGGCCUGGUCACCUGACCUAAACACAGUAGAGAUGGUUUUGGGGGAGUUUGACCAGAGAGUGAAAAAGCGGCCAAUGAAUGUUCAGAAUAUAUGUGGGAGCUUCUUCAGGACAGCUGGAAAAGCAUCCCAUGAAAGAGGAGAAAGUAAGGUCAGCCACUUCCCUGAACAACUGGGGUCGAGGGCCUUGCUCAAGGGCACCAAUGGUGGGAUCAUUCAGAUGACCACAGGAUUUGACCCAGCAACCUUCUGAGUCCAAACUACAAAUAUAUUAUUUUAUAGCUUUGAAAAUAAAUCUUUCUAUGAGUAGGUGUGUCCAAGCUUUUGACUGGUACCGUAAAUGUGUAUAUGAAAUAUAGGUUUGUCUGAUUUGUAUUACAUGUGUUGAAUAAUAUCGCAUAAAUUGUCAAUCUUGAAAUUUCUUAAUACGGUUGCAAAUGUGCAAAUUGUCAUGCCUUUAAAUCCUACUUGUGGUAUUGAAAUGAAAUAAGGGUCUUAAAGACAGUCAGAAAUAUGAGCUAUUGAUACAGAUAACAGUACGCUUGCCAACCACAUGUCCAGUAUAGGGACUCUCUCACACACACACACACACACACACACAUUUUUAUGUUCAUAUCUUUGUGGGGACUCUCCAUUCAUUUCUAUGGGCAUAACCCUAAUCACAACAAUGACGACCUUAACCCCUACCCAGCCCUAACCUUAAACACACAUAUUUGGUUCCCAUAAUGUAAUACUGUAUAUGCAUAACCCACUCACCACACACACAUAUUAUUAUUAAAUGGCUGUAUUGAUGUGCAGGGGCGGCAUGGUGGUGCAGUGGUUAGCACUGUUGCCUCACACCUCUGGGACCCAGGUUCGAGUCUUCGCCUGGGUCACAUGUGUGUGGAGUUUGCAUGUUCUCCCCAUGUCAUCGUGGGGUUUCCUCCGGGUACUCCGGUUUCCCCCCACAGUCCAAAAACAUGCUGAGGCUAAUUGGAGUCGCUAAAUUGCCCAUAGGUGUGCCUGUGUGAGUGAAUGGUGUGUGAGUGUGCCCUGCGAUGGGCUGGCCCCCCAUCCUGGGUUGUUCCCAGCCUCGUGCCCAUUGCUUCCGGGAUAGGCUCCGGACCCCCCGCGACCCGAUAGGAUAAGCGGUUUGGAAAAUGGAUGGAUGGAUGGAUGUAUUGAUGUGCAAUAUUCAAGUUCAUUUGCUCCUUUCUGAUUACAUUUCUGGGUAUGUCUAAAAUCAAAACAUGUUGAUCAAACUGGCUGACUAAGUACUAAAAUGUUUGUUUUCAACUUUCAAAUAGGUGUCCAAUUGUUGGUAACUAAGUCGCUGAUUACCCUAAUUUAAGUCAUUGCAUGAAUGACUACCUGACUCAUAAUUUAUUAUUGUACUUUUUAAGGUAUAUUUAUGGUUAACAAUUGUAUGAUUAAUUAACUAUGAAUGACUUGUUUGUCCUUGAGUCAGCAUUACUGGUGCCAAAUAGGCCCUUCACUGUCAAACACAGAGUAACUGAAUUACUGUGUUGUGGAAUUAUGAGUCACAAUCAAACUGUUAGUUGAACAAUAAACUGUUGGAUACAUUGAAACUAA